UGACACAAGGAGGAAGAAGUGAACAACUGGAGUCUUUAUGCAGGAGACGGGCGGCAAGGGAGAGGACCUAGGGUUCUUUGCGACUACUGUGGAAAGACGGGUCAUAAAAGAUCGGAUUGUUGGAAGCUUCAUGGAUACCCUGCCGAUCGUGAUUUCAAAGGAAAAGGAAGAGGCUGGAUCAAACAAGGGAAUUCAACGAAGCAAAUAUUAUGGGCAGAAAGCAGAUGGCAACAAAAGUCAAAAGGCAUAUUUUUCUCCAGCCGAGACAGUUCAAGGGCAGACUCCAGGUAAGGCAGCUGGCAACCAUGCUGUCACACAUGCAAUAGGAAGAAACAUUACCAUCACAGGGAUUUCGGAGGACCAACUAAGUCAGCUGGCCACGAUUUUUGGUGAACGUGCAGCUAUGUCGGAGCAAUUAGCCGGACCAAGCCAUGAGGAGAGUGAUUGGAUCGGGUGAGCUAUGGAGGGGGGUAUAUUGGCUCAAGCAUAAGCAACCUACAUUAGCUCACAUGGCCGUAAAGAAGACAGGUCAUCUCUUGUGGCAUAAGCGCUUGGGUCACCCGUCUAGUAAAGUCUUGCACUCUAUUCCCGGUGUUUCAAUAAAAACGGAUGAAAAGUUUGUUUGUGAUGCUUGUGCCCGUGCAAAGCUUUCACGUAAUCCAUUUCCUGAAAGCUUGAACUAUGCUAAAGCAUGUUUUGAUUUAAUUCAUGGAGAUGUUUGGGGCCCUUACCGUGUAGCCUCUAUAUCGGGUGCUCGAUACUUUCUCACUUUGGUUGAUGAUCAUAGUCGGUGGGUAUGGGUUUAUUUGAUGAGUGAUAAGACUGAAACUCAUAAGUGGUUGGUUGGCUUCUA